GCUAAGGCUAAGCAAAAACGGCAUAAUUAGCUGAUGGGGAUACAGCAAGGGAGAGAUGACAGGGUGAAGUUGUACCCAAUGACCUCCCCUCCCUACAACUGGAUCUGUCACUUGAACAUCGACAACAAGUACGGUGCAACUGGCUUCAAGAUCAAUCUACCGCAUGUCAACAACUACACCGUUGUUGUCACCGCUGCACACAACUUAUGGAUAGAUGGUUCCUAUGCCAACAAAGUCAAGUUGAAAUAUCCAAGAAAGGCUGAAGUAGUUGAAGCAAUUGCAAAAAACUUGUAUGUACCACCGGAAUAUAAAAACCCAGACGAUACUCCAGACUACGAUUAUGGCCUGAUAUUCUAUCUGGAUCAUGAAAGCUGCAACGAUGGAUUCGGUUGGACGACUGAAAUAAAAGACGAAGAACUACUUGGACGUAUUGUGACCAUUUGCGGGUAUACAGGCGAUAAACAGAACAGAAGUAUGUGGAUCACAGGAACAGAAAUAACGAAGGUCCACCCAUUUCGUAUCGAAUACUUGACCGACACAAAGGAAGGGCAGAGUGGGAGCCCGAUAUACACCUGGUACCAUGGCUACUGGACAGUCGUUGGUGUUCACACUUACGGAGCUGUCGAAUACAACUUUGGUCGACGCUUUGGCUUGCAAAUGAUCUCUAGAUUCGUUAAAAAAAUGAACUGCCUGAAAGCACUUCAAUCCGUGGCAUUUCCAGACGUUUAUCUUCGUUGUUAUAAAAGAAAAGAGUCGUUUGAUGGGGAAAAAAUCAAUUGCCAAUACCUUAAACCAGGUGAUUUAGGGAAAUUUUAUAUCUACCCCGUGUACAUGCCACCGUCCUUAGCCCACGUCGAUAUCCUUCCAAAAUGUGUCAUUGAAAGUGCAAAUACUGAAGACUUGUUCCUUCAUCUGGAGAGCGAGGGAAUGACGCAAAAUGAUAAAUACGUUGGGGGUGGCAAAGUGUAUAGCAGUGUGUGCGAGGAUAGCAAGGUCAAUGAGACAGAAAUGUUUUAUCUGAGAAAAGAAACAAGAGAAGACGCUGUUUACUCAUUCAUAAGCGUGGCAUACCCGACUUGCCGCAUACGAGUAGACGGCAGAAAUGUGAGAAAUGAGCCUAAUGGUUCUGGAAAAGUCAACUGCCAGUACUACGCUCUAAACAAGAGCACAGGGCCGUAUUUUGAAGGUUUGGAAACAACUUACAAAAGUGCUGAAGAUGAGGAACGGAUUCAGAUGUUGAUUAAGUGACUGUAUACUACAUGUACAUGUGUACGUAGUAUGAUACUGUAGUUAUACAACUUCUGUGUAGUAUGCUGAAAGCAUAUUAUAAGCUUUGAUAUUCUCUACGUAAUAAUUAUAGUUAGACACUGUUUAGAAAGUUUCUACAUGAUUUAGAAGCCCAAAGGGCUGGUUGUAGUAUCCCGAACGUAGUGAGGGUUCUACUAGCCCUGAGGACUUCUAAAUCAUGUGUAAACUAUAGCAACCAUAAGUCUCUAGCCAAUCAGAUUUAAAUGUUCUAAUCUAGUCUUUGUUACAUGAUUUUCUA